AUGCCAUUGGAAAAGAGAACCAAGAAGAAAAACUUUUCAGCGGCAUCACACAACACAAAAAAAAGGGAAAGAAUGUAUCACAUUUCAUUAGCACAAAAAUAUCGUGACGAUUUAAUGACCCAAGAAAAUAAUAAUGAUGCUCGAAUGCAGCCCAAGGUGAAUAUUCUGUCAGUUCUGUUCCUUGCGGAUUCGUCCGUAUCCACCAUUCCGCACCACCGCAUGAAACGACGAGUUUACGCACUCCCUACACUACACGAGAGAAACAGAAAGAAAAACAUACUUAAUAAUGCGAUAAUACGAACAGCACAACGGAAAUAUCACAGACUGCUUGCUGGAUGA